AUGACAGCUGAUCAGUUGGAACGGCGGAAAGCGAACAUGUCCAAGCUGAUGCGUCACCUCGGGGAAUCUAGAAUACCGCCAGAAUUAAUCAUGGCGCCUCCACAGAAGGAGGUGCGCUUGGAGGACCCGCUGUUCGCGCCGAGAGCUAAAAGUCUCGAUUUGCGACCUCUAUCAGGCGUCUUCGAGGAUGUGACAGAACCACUCACCCCCAAGCUCACAAGGGCUCGAUCUCUGGGGUUUCACAAACGAGGCCCCCAGGACGCCAUCGACCGCGACCAAUCUGACGACCAUCACGACUUGCAACGAAAGAUUAAACGAAACAGAAAGAUGACCAAGAUUUUCGGACCUGAAGUAACGCGCGAUCUGAUGACGAUACUGGCGGAAGAACGAGAGUCAAGGAGGGCGACACCCAUGCAAUCCAUUGCUGAGCCACCAACGCCUAUCGCUGAAGAGCCGCCUGUGCCCCGGACGGAUUCUAGGUCGGAAAUUGUUCGUUUGGCCUAUGAUGAAACGGACGAUGAGGAGAAGCCUCCCGCUGGAUCAAUACCACCGACACCAACCCCAGAUAGCCCGGCUGACGAUCAGCAAAGGAGAACGCAGAAAUUGGCCAAGUUCUUCGGCGUCGACCAAGGCGAUCUUUCUUCGACUAUGACAACCCCUGGCUCUCCCGAGACUCCACAGGCAACCGUAGUCCCUCUCACCGAGAUCGACGUGAAGAUAACUGGGAGAAGAUUCUGGGGCUCCCCAAUGAAGGCUGAGCUCAAGAACGCGCACAUGGCUGACGCAAUCCACCAGCUAAGAAGUUUGAAAGCAAGUUAA